CUCUAGCGCCGCUAGUGGACAAUCAAACCAGCACACCCACCUCAAUCGGAGACCCGCACAUACAUUUCAUACUUCUACUGUAAAAUACACCACUCGGCACAGUCUCACUGCUCUCUAUUCAUUUAGACCAGCUGCAAAAUAAUCGCGCUGUUCAGGUAGCACAUCUACCAUAAAACAUGGAGUCUCCUCCUGAUCCAGCAAGCGAGACGGGAAACAGCGCCACGGAGCCGGCUACCCCUGGCAGGGAGAACCCGGUAAACCUGGAGACUCUCCGGAAAGCUGAACACCAAGCCCCGGUUCGGAGGCAGAGCUGCAGCAGCACAAAUCGAGGUAUCUCGGUGACAAAGAAGACACACACGUCUCAAAUCGAAAUUAUUCCCUGCAAGAUCUGUGGAGAUAAGUCGUCUGGCAUCCAUUACGGUGUGAUAACAUGCGAAGGCUGCAAGGGCUUCUUCAGGAGAAGUCAGCAGAGCAAUGCCGCGUACUCCUGCCCCCGUCAGAAGAACUGCCUGAUCGAUCGCACCAGCCGCAACCGCUGCCAGCACUGCCGCCUGCAGAAGUGCCUGGCUGUGGGCAUGUCGCGAGACGCCGUCAAGUUCGGCCGCAUGUCGAAGAAGCAGCGGGACAGCCUGUAUGCGGAGGUGCAGAAGCAUCGGUUGCAGCAGCAGCAGCGGGACCAGCAGCCGCCCGGGGAGGCCGAGCCGCUCACGCCCGCCUACGGCCUGUCCGCCAGCGGGCUCACCGAGCUGCACGACGACCUCAGCGGCUACAUGGACGGACACACGCCCGAAGGCGGCAAGCCGGACUCGGCCAUUAACAGCUUCUACCUGGACAUCCAGCCCUCACCGGACCAGUCGGGCCUGGACAUCAACGGCAUCAAGCCCGAGCCCAUCUGCGACUUCGCUCCCGGGUCGGGAUUCUUCCCCUACUGCUCCUUCACCAACGGGGAGACGUCACCCACAGUGUCCAUGGCGGAGCUAGAACAUCUGGCGCAGAACAUCUCCAAGUCCCACAUGGAGACGUGUCAGUACCUGAGGGAGGAGCUUCAGCAGAUGACCUGGCAAGCUUUCCUGCAGGAGGAGAUGGAGAACUACCAGAACAAGCCUCGGGAGGUCAUGUGGCAGCUGUGUGCCAUCAAGAUCACGGAGGCCAUACAGUACGUGGUGGAGUUCGCCAAACGCAUCGACGGCUUCAUGGAGCUGUGUCAAAACGAUCAGAUCGUGCUUCUGAAAGCAGGUUCCCUGGAGGUCGUGUUCGUCAGAAUGUGCCGUGCCUUCGACUCUCAGAACAACACCGUCUACUUCGAUGGGAAAUACGCAGGUCCUGAUGUCUUCAAGUCCCUGGGCUGCGAUGACCUGAUCAGCUCCAUAUUUGAGUUUGGAAAAAACCUGUGUUCUAUGCACCUGUCGGAGGAUGAGAUCGCCUUGUUCUCAGCAUUCGUGUUGAUGUCUGCGGACCGGUCCUGGCUUCAAGAGAAAGUGAAGGUGGAGAAACUCCAGCAGAAGAUCCAGCUGGCCCUACAGCAUGUCCUGCAGAAGAACCACAGAGAGGAUGGCAUCCUAACGAAGUUGAUAUGCAAAGUGUCGACGCUGCGAGCGCUGUGCAGCCGGCACACGGAGAAACUGACGGCUUUUAAAGCAAUAUACCCGGACAUUGUGCGCACCCACUUCCCCCCCCUGUACAAGGAGCUGUUCGGCUCGGACUUCGAGCAGUCGAUGCCCGUGGAGGGCUAGCAGCCCGGCGGCGGCGGCGGGGGAGGGGCCCACGCCUGCAUUGCUGGGAGGAGCAGAGCGGGAUGCAUCUGAGACACUUUAACGGUGCCCGGCAUGAGCCAGGACAACCAGCACACUGCACAACUGGGAGCGGGGGUGGGGGGGGCGUCUAUUUCUACUCUUUGGUUGGUUUUAGUUGGGUUUUUCGUUUUGUGCUUUUUUAACACGGACGGGAUCCUAUGCCCAGGGCAAGGAGAGGAUACAGGCGACUUCCUUUCAGGUGAACUUGGCACUCCCAUGCACGUGUGUCGCCACGGCGACACCACAACCUGUACAUCACAGGAGUCCCUUUACAUUGGCACUAUACAGUGACCUCUUAAAAAACAUGAAAACGAAAAACCCCACAAAUCGAUCAUAAUCUUAAUGUGAACUUGAAGCACAAUUAGACCUUUGAGAAAGUUUUAUUCAAUACUGAAAAUUGUCAUUCCCUUAAUGAAACAAAGCAUAACAUGAAAUCAAGAUGCAUUACCUAAAAUAUAAUACUUAUUAGACCCAACAAGUCCACAACAAGCUGUUUGGCAUGUCUUGGUCAAGUUCAGCCUUUAAUUUUCUUGUCCUGUUUUGUAUUUUUUUAACUGCUGUUUUGUGUGGAAUGCAGUGUUCAGAAUGCAAACUCGAUGCAGGGAACAUUGGGGCUGCUGCGGCGUGGCGGGUCUGAACAGCCAAGGUGGCGCUAAAAGCGCCCUCCAGUGGACAAUCGUCUCAACGAAGCGCGCCAUUCCGGCCAUCCUAAAAACGUUUAAACACAAAGACUUUUCGCUGUCGGAGUCUCCAUCCUCCAUGGUACCAUAGUGAAACCCCCGCCUGCCUCCGAUCCUUUAGUGGAGAGGUACCCUAGCAUAUCUGAGGGUGUCUGCUACAACGAGAAGGGCCCAUCUCACCUGUUUUUUUUUUAAACGUGCAACAGGGUAUCAUUAGUACUUAUACAAAAGAUGUUUUUAGAUUCUAUUUUAAAUAACUUGUAUGAUAUUCGUAGUUAGAUGAUUCUUUAUUGUCGAAUCGAUAAGGCACUUUUUUUGCACCUUUUUAUUUAAGACUUGUGCGUUACCUAGUGAUGCGUUGCAUGUGCACAAGAAACACGUUUAAACCAUAUUCACGGAGGCUACUUCCGGGAAGCGGACAUGCUGCUUAUUCCUGGCAUUUUGCUAUUUGGGGUGUCGGGAGGGCGACGUAAAUCGUAAAUUUAAAGUUUUAACCCAUUAUUUUUACUCAAUAACUAGAGCUUUAGUCACUAUCCUCAAACUGCUCCGGGGCGGAGGAGGUGGACGUGGGGCAGCUCCGGAGGACUAAACCAAACAACGCAGUAAAACCGAGGCCUUUGGGAGAUAUUUACCCUCAGUUCAACAUCACAUUUAGCGAAAUACCUGCAUCUUGUGAAUCCCCCCGCCCCCAUCCGCUCGGCCCCAGGUUUGUUUGAAACGUGGUCAUAGUUAAAACUUCCGCUUGUCAUCGAUAUAAAUUACCACGUGUUACACAGUAUUACGAACUGGGCUCAGCAGACGACUGCAGUCCUAUAGCGGCUUGCUCCUGUUCUCCGAAAACUCCCAUCCGUCUAGCUGUCCCCAGUGUAUGAACUGUUCAGUUGGGUUUAAGUUUGGUUGGUGGAGCAGCUUGUUUGACGUUGCUGUGGACUAAGUCCUGUCCAAGCGUACCACCUAGUGGCUAAGUACGGUAUGAGCGCCCCCUAGUCCCACCCCCAAAGAAAGUGUAAAGGGCGAAAUGAGCACGGUGGGCAUGUGUAAUGCCUAUUUGAGCACCGUCCUAGUUUCAGUUAUAGCCCCUCUCAGAUAUUCCGUCCGGGUUUCUGCAAUCUUACUGUCUCCCCUUUAAUCUACAUAUGUGCAUACGAGUGUCAGGAAGUGUGUGUGCGUGUGUCAGACUUUUUCUUUGGUAAGGUGUACAUCAGUAGUAACUUUAAGCACUGGGCAGCAAGUGAAAACAUUCAAAGCCUUGUCUGGUAGUAAUUCUCAAAAAAAAAAAAAACUAAUACAACUUUAAAAAGGGAGAGGCAAAACGUAGCAGUUACAGAAUUCCUGCAAUAAAUUAUAAUCGGUGUGAUGAGAGAGGAAAGAAAUAUAUUGUAAUGCGAGACAAUGAUAGUGUUAUUUUCAGAUAGUGGCUCUUUGUUGUUUUGUUUGAAUUUCAACUUAAUAUUGUGUAAAAACCUUGUUAUUUGUAUCUACAGGUGCCAUAGUAGAUCCUCAUGUUUUCACCGUGUCAAAGAGGCAGACUUUUGUAGUGUUGUAGUGUUUUGACAUUCCAAGAACUAGACAGUGACUUUUAGAUUAGUAAUAAUACCGAGGACUGGAGUUAGGAAGCUUGUAUAAUAAUAGACUUUUUUUUCAUUCCUCUGUAGUGCAAUACGUACAUGACAGACCUGUUGUGUACUGCUAUCCCUCAGGGAAGAGUGACGUGAAAACCACUUAUUUGCGCUUUCUGUUCUCAUUCUUUCAGUUUCGUGGUGUUUUUAUGAAUUCUUCUGGUAAACGUCCGAGAGGUUCCAUUUACAGCAGUCAGAGGGAGGCGUUGCAGAUAUUGUAAUAAUGCUGUAUUUGACGUUACCUUGGUCAUGAUAACUCAGACACGAUUUAGCCAUAUAUUUAAUCACAUACGAUAUCCAUAGUGGUCCGUUUACCGUCCUUCGUAUUGUCUUUGAGAAGCCAAGAACAAAAUGACCUUAAGUGUUGGUACAAUUUCGCAUUUCACGUUUAUUGUGCUAUGUGUUAUCCAUGUAGGCACGUCGAGUUUUAUUUGCAUCCGCGUAUAUAGAUAAAAGUAAUAAAUUGAUCGUUCUACACUUCAAGAAGCAUUUAUAUUAUACAAUAUUUCGCAUUUUUCCUAGACUAAAGAAUGAAGCAAUACUUAAGUGGAGUACCGCCGCUCCGUGAUCCCUGUUAGUUAAUACUCCAAGGCCAUCCAGAUACGUUUAUGUUCAACUGACGGCAUCUGCAGAACUCAAAACCUAGAGACAAAUGAUCAAACUGUGAAUGACAAUCUUAUGUGGGUAUGAACCUCUGGUCUCAUCGUUUGCAUAUGGGUAUUGACAUUUGAAAUGAAUGCUCAGGGAGAGUAACAUUAGCAGGUAUUAAAAUAGAAAGGUCACGUUAGGCAUUGGGUAUUUCUUAGUAAGUGUAUAUGGACUUGCAGUGCGUGCUUUAUUUUAAAAAGAUAGUAAGGCUUUAUUAAUUGGCAGCGUAUUCCUUUCAGGGUGCUCUGAAAGACGCUCUCCUUGUAAAAUGCAUCUGGAAGCACACACACUUUCAAGUGCGGAAAGAUCUUUUUCUCAGAUGUGCAGCAGAAAGAAAGUGUCACUAUGGAGAUUGUUCAUUAUUAUUGUUUUUUCUUUUCUUUGGCAAAGUUUUUUUAUCUUGAAAAACAUACACACAAUACAAACCUUAGUACAUAAAAGUUUUGCUUUUAACUUUGUUUGCAGUUUAUAACCUGUAAGGAAAGUCUGUGCAAUAUCAAUGUUUUUACCCUCAGUUUUAUCCAAUGUUCUCAUUUAAUCUCAUUUCAUACGCAUAUCAAAUCUGGAACAUGGUUCAAUUUUCAAAUAUUUGAAUACGUAUAGUAUUAACAAGAUAGAACCUAAAAUAUGAACUGAAAAACAUAUAUUCUUUCUUGAAUUACCCUCCACAAAUUAGAAGGUACUGGUUUGGAUUAGAAACAAUGCAAUUUCCAUAAAUCACUCAGAGGCACAGUUGUACCUGUAUAAUGUGAACGGUUCUGGACGUCAUGGAAGUUAAUUAGACUCCACAGAACAAACGCAUCGUUAUCUUUGCCGAGCCGAGCUGCAAACCUGUUCGUUUCAGAAAAGAGAAGCUAAAUAUUGGCAGCUUUACUGCAUCUGGGAAGGAAGCGUCUGUUGGGAUAUAAGGUUUUACUCCAGUAAACAUUUAUUCUGACAGGGACCUCUCUGCUCGUCCAAACAGGGAGAGACACUCGCUGUGUGCCAAGGUAGCGCUGUAGACAUAGCUUAUUAAACUGGUACGUUAUAGAAAUUAGCGGCGCAUUAUGUGCAUUAUUAAUACGGGUUUUAGAGGAUCUUCUCAGUAACUGUAGUGAAUCAUAACUCGCGUUAUCUCUGUCGACUGGUGCUAAGCCGUGUCCCAAUCAGUGCGCAAAUGUCACGUGUGCCCCCGUCCUGAAACGCAGUCAUUUCCUUUCCGCAGUCGGUACAUGUAUCUCUGCUUUUAUUGUGUUUUGCCAACUGUGACUCUCUGUGAAAAGUACUAUCAGCAAUAUCAGCCGGAAACGAAAAUUACAAGUAAAGCUGUUGCAGACUUAAUGUUGCAGAUACCCAUCCUUGAGAUUGCUGGGUGAUUCACUGUCUGUAGCUAGAUAUAGACCGUCUGACCCAGAAUGGCCUAAUCUGAGACCACGUUUUGGUUCAUCACCCUCUUUGGACACAAUCUAUCCUCAGAUAUUGUGAUGUGUUUUGACAAUUUGAUUAACUACUGCAAGGCUACAGUCUUGCUAUGAAUUGCAUAUAUAUAUAUAUAUACACACACACACACAGGUAUAUAUUUGGGUUAAGGUGAUUUGAAGUCUGUUGUUCAUCUUAAAUUAGUAGCCAUACAAUCACACCAUUACGGUUGUUUUAACAGGUUAUUUAAGCAGUGAAAUUUGACGAUGAUUUGUUACAUAGCGUCAGGUUUUGUUAUGCUAUUAUUCAGAUGAUGUCCUUGAUUGAUUAAUAGAUUUUUAAAAAUGAACUGAAUUUUGUUCGUGCUUUUAUUAUUAUUAUUGUCAGAUCUGAAUGUGAGCAAUAUGGUUAGGAGAAGGACGAUGAGAACUAACGCAGGGUUAGUGUGCGUAGGCGCGCGCACUGUAGGCACAGGACAGACCAACCCAGACAAGGCUUUAACUUAGCGACGACGUCACGGUCUAUUACCUUCAUUGUCUCGUUAUUCAUAUUUGCAUUGGUUCAUUUUAUGGAAACCUUCCUAAGUAAGUUAUCAUUUUCCAAAGUACAGCAGGCAUAGUCAUGAAAAAUAAGACUUUUUAAAAAAAAGAAAACAAAAAAAAAACGAUAGAGAAUAACUUCUAGCCAUAACUGAAUGUCAAGCAAUAAUAUAAACGUUGUAUUAUUAUUAAUUUCGUGUACAAGUUUUAGACAUCUGCAUGUAAAUACAAUCUCUUAUUUAUCACUUUUUUCUGGUGGUGUCAUUUUUUUUCCCAUGUGUAUAUUUGACUUAGGUUCUGUCCCUUUGUAGAACUAAGAACUUCAGUUGACCUAUACAUUAUCUCUCUCUCUCUCUCUGUCUUUCGCUCACCCUGAUUUUAUUUCACAAUAUUUAAUGUUAUUAUUGAUCCAUGUAUAGGGUUCAAUUUAAAAGUUCUGUCUGUAUAGGUAAGAAGAGCAUACUGCUAUCAAAGCCUACUCAGUGCAAAUAUUUACCUGUUUAUUAAAUACAUCAUGUUGUACAAUAUCUGUUUUAGUAUACUACUCUCUCCUAGACUUAGUGCGAUAAAGGUAGGGUGUGCUUCAAUUUAUUUUGUGUUAUUCUGAUGUGUGGUGCUAGGUAAGUUAAUUUUGUGAACAAAAUCUUAAUUCUUAGACUAGGCCACCCUAUCUGUCCUAUUAAUUUCACUGAGUGUUGACGCGUUAUUAAUAUUAGGAUUAAAAAGAUAAUUACGGUAAUAAUAUGACGACUAUGAUACCCAGCAAGUACCUGUAUCAGCGUGCUAGUCUUGGGAUGAGGGUUGUUCUCUCAUGCUUUAAGAUUAUUAGCAAAAAGCAGUAUCGGUUUAAUUAACGCUAGUCGCAAAAGUAAUAAAAAAAAAAAGUUUCCCGCUACAGAAAAAAAUGCAUUGAUUUGAUUUUGACUGACAAGCAGUAUUAUGUAUGUUUGCUUUUUAAGUAUCCUGAAUUUGUUGUUGAGCCAGUUCUGAUUGUGAAAAGAGUAGGGCAAAGCUGCAGUCCGAGUCCGCGGUGAAGUACGGAGGCCGAACGCCCCCCUCCGAGGUAGCACUGCGGCCCCCACCUGUCGGUGGGUGCUAGUUUCAGUUAUGGGGGCUUUUUGAAAGUCUCUCGGCAGAACACAGCUUUGUGGACCCUUAUUUUCACAAGCAGGCUUUGUUAGUGUGAAGGUAGCCUACAGUAUAUAAGUCCUUUUGCUUUCAAAAAAUAAAAAACCACCAGAGACACUGUCAUUGUUGCUAUACAAAAAUCACCUUCAUAAGUAACAAGUUUUUAACGUUUCUCAGUUCUUUUUGUAGCCAAUUUCAGCCAGAAUAUGCUCGCAAUAAUACACAAUAAAUCACUCCGAGGCUUUCUCGGUGUUACAGGAUGCACAAGUUAUAUGAAACUGUUCAUGUUGUUUUCUAUUUCUGAAGUUGUAUUGUGAAUGACAAUGUAUUUGCACAUUGAAAAUUCUAUCUUGUGUUUCAAACUAUUGUCAUGUUGUCUUUACUAGUAACUGGUCAUCUCAGUGUUUGAUAUCUGCUAAGACCGUUGAAGGACUGUUUCUUCUUUCUUAACGUUCAUCAUUAAGUAGGUAACUACAAACAAUAGAAAUACAUAGUACGGCAUUUUCCGUAUGAAGUGGGCUUCUGAGGGUCAUUCACAGAGGACUGGACACCAGAAUUACACGACGACGGCUUACUUACUACGAGUACAUUCUGGGUGACAUUAGCUAAGAAAAGGAAAGAACGCGCUCUGUUCGCGCCACGGCUCCGGGUCCUGGUGCAGCUGGUGUUUUUGUUCUAAGCUGGACUGAAUAUAAAUAUUUGAUGUAAUACAAAAAAUGGAUUAAAUCACUGUAUUUUAAGUAUUCGGGUGUGUAUGUAUACACGGAAACGGAUCCAGCACUCAUCUGGAUUUCUUCUACAUUGUUUUGUUAAAUGUAAGAUCAAGAGGAUAUUUUCCAUGCUUCAGCAAAAUAAAAAAUGUAAAUGCAGAUAGAGGAUUGUGGUUCCCACAAAUGUAUAUGUUUGCUACUGAUCUUAAAACGGGGACAAAUUGUCAUGAAACUUUUUAUCCGGCUCAUUUGAACUCUCCUUAGGAGUAGUGUCUUCACAAUGGUAGUUUUGCUCCUUCCUGUCUAAUUCUUAAAAAUAAAAUAAGUAUUUUGAUUCAUUUUGUAAAUACAGCUGUAAAGAAAAUAAGAAAUUUAAUGUUGUCUUUUAAAUACUUUUCAUUCUAAUAUGAAUGUUGUUAUAUUGUACUUAGAAGCUGUACCUUUAAUAUUACCUUUAUUAAAAGUGCAUUCGACACAUCGAUUUUAGAUGUGCACUAUGUACUGUUACCCCAUAAUAAAACGACAGCUUGUAAUGGG